AGUUUACUAAAUAUCAUUACGAGAAUCGAUAACAUUAAAAAAUAUCAAUAAACAACAAUCAUGUUGUGGUGUGAAGUGCUUUUUUCUUUGUUUGUUCUUAUCAUACAAUUAAAAGAAGUAAUUGGGGCAGAAAACCACAAGAAAUUUACAAUAUCAUGUGUAUCCAAUAAUUCUGUAACGGAAUUCACUUCGAUGUCUUUCGAUUACGAUCCAUUAAUGGCAAUACAUGAAUACAAAUUCAAUGCAAGUCAGCUUGCUAAAGUCAAAGAAAUUAUCGGAAACAAAGAAAGAAUAAUCUUUUUUUUCAUGGGCUUCGGGGACUUUUUUCGAAAUCCUUCCGGCGAAAGUUUUAAAUUAGCUAAAGAGGAAAUGUUGUCAACAAAUUCUUGUAGUUGUACCGUAAGUCAUGCGUUCCAUUGGGGAGCAGACUUUUUAAAGUUGUUGCAGUAUUUUCCAGGACUUGUAUCUGUAGUCCCAAGAAUAGUUCUCAUCGGAACGAAUUUUAUCAAAAAUAUUGUGGAUUCAGAUGAUUUUAACAUCAAGUUAUCUACGGUUUAUUUAUCGGGAUACAGUUUGGGUGGCCAUAUUAGUGGAAUGAUUGGACAUAGAUUGAAAGAAGUUUAUAAUGGCGAAAUGGUUGAAGCAAUUUGGGCGUUCGACCCACCUAAAGUUGGAUUCUCAUAUCCAUCAAGCGCUGGUAAACCAAGGCGUGUACAAAAGGGAGACGCAAAAUUCGUAAUAGUUUUCAUUACAUCGAAGCUCGGGUUCCUCGGGCAACACCUGGGCGAUAUUGAUGUGAUAGUUAAUAAUGGCUUACAACAACCGGAAUGCAGCUCCGAUGAAAUAGGAUGUAAUCAUAGGGUUGCAUUAAAAAUUAGAGAAUGGAUUAUCAUGAAAGGUCAUAGGCUGUCCACCAAUAGAAAUGACACCCCAUGGGCGUGCUCAAUUAACAAUAGUGAUAAAUUCGUUUUAGACAUGAUGUAUCCGCCAGUGAAUAAAAGUGGCACAUAUUAUUUGCACACACAAAAGGUCGAGGAAAACCCCAACUAUGAAGUAUGAACAACGCAGUAAAUUUGCGAGCUUGAACAGCCACGAAUGUGAUUCCGAAUGUAAUGGCGAAAAUUGUGAGCGACAAUUGGCGAACUUGUUCAGAGUUUCUUCAUUGUAAGAAAACAUUUAAAAUAAUGAUUUUAAUUAUUUUUAUUUUCCACCUAUUACUUUUGUAAUGUAU